UGAAAAAAGUUAAAAUCGUUGUAUCUGUAUUCAAAUUAAUAUCUCUUUGGAGGUAGUGGUGGUUUCAGUUAGCCAGAACUGCGCAUGUGUAACAGAAAGAUAGAUUUUCUAUUUAUUCCAAGUGCACAAGCUAACAGGAGUUAAUAGUUAAAUGAUCAUAUCAUAUAGUUCGCAUUUUAUAUUAAGACGAAAAGAGAACUUUAGAUUCGUUUUGUGAAACAGAGAACGGUUUUUAACAUAUUUUUUGUAAUGUUGAAACUUACAAGAAACUGUCAGUUUAAUGUUGUUAUUAAUUAAUGACAGUCGUAUAAAUAGAUUGUUAAAGUUGUAAAAAUAGAUUUAUAGAAAUUGUUAAAUUAGACGUUUAAACAGAGGACAGAUGAUGGAUAUAGCUUUAGCUAAGAUGGAGCAUCUCCACAACCAGGCCCAGGCCAUGAUGGCACAGAGUCGAGUCUCGCCGUCACUGAGUCACAGCAGUCCUGAACCUCCGACCACGCCCAUCGUGUCUCGGGGACAGAGUCUGGUCAACAUGCACGGGAGUAUGUUAAGUCACGGGCACGACAUUCUAAGCAAGCUGCACAAGGUGUCCUACAGCUCGCCGCCACCGAUUGCCUGCAGUCCUGAGAACAACGUCUGUAAACUGAUCAGCUACCGCGGGGCAAAGAUCGCCGCUUUCAACGUGGAUGGUCGGGAGCUCAUAUGUCUACCACAGGCCUUUGAACUCUUUCUGAAACACCUGGUUGGUGGACUCCAUACGGUAUAUACUAAGCUGAAGAGGCUAGACAUCACACCUGUUGUCUGUAACGUAGAACAGGUUCGAGUCUUGCGUGGCCUCGGUGCAAUACAGCCCGGUGUAAAUAGAUGCAAACUAAUCUCGUGCAAAGAGUUUGACGUGCUCUAUGACGAUUGUACAAAUUCAAGUGCAAGACCAGGGAGGCCGCCAAAAAGAAGCCCCUCCUUACAUGCAAGCCCAGAAACCAUUGACAAGCUGAAGAAGACGAGAUUUGAUGGGACAGAUUACUAUAAUGCAUCCAGGUUUUUCGAUUCCACAAAGACUUUCCUCAAUGGGUUUCCUCCACAUCCUUACACUAUGGGCCAUCUUCCGUUUAUGCAGCUCAACCACCCACUUCUGGCUCCACCGGUCACUCUUGCCAUGGCACAGCAGCUUGGUUUCAGACACGAGGGUCUCCAUGCACGAGACAGCCACCCAGCUGAACAUGAACGCGGAUCAGAAGAACACGAGAACAAAGACAGAUCAUCGCCUAAUCCGAGUGACCUCCCGUACCAUCCCGCAUACAACCACAAACCACCAUCAAAGGAAAACGAAAAUAAUACCCCUCUUAAUCUUCACAUCAAUGGUCACGCCGAAGAUUUACGGAAAUCGCCGAGUUUAAGAUCGGAAGAUCCGAUGAGUGACGACAACAACGACAUUGAUGACGACAACCCUUCAGAUGACGAUAAAAGCGCAGCCGACAGCGCCGACCUCAUGGACACACUGUCUCAGAGUGAGCAAGGGGAGCGAACUACGCAAAGCCCACACAACGCAGGCAGUCUGAGUAACGGGACGUUGACAGGCUACUCGUCCAUCGAGACGUUACUUCUGAAUAUCCAGGGUUUAUUAAAAGUCGCCGGGGAAAAUGCAAGGCACCAGGAAAGACAGAUAGGUGAUCUAAAAGCAGACCUUAUCCAAGAAAAGAAAGCCAGGGAGGACACCGAGAAACAGCUGGCCGAGGAACAGAAGCAGAAAAAUAUUCUUUUGCGGCGCCUGAAGAAGGAACGACGUAUGCGGAAAAGAUUAGAAGAAAAGACACCAGAAAACGUGGUCAGCCAUUUAGUACAGAAAACUGAAAUCACACCUGUAAACAACAAUGAGAAGUUGCCAACAAAUAAACACAUAUCUAGUGACGAAGAUAACCACGAGAGACAAAGUAAUUCCAGCAGUGUACCAGGACAUGACACGGGAAACAGGACUCCGGUAACUCAGAUGCCACAGUAUCCACAGUUAUGACUAUAAAUCCAUUUAUGACGUGUUGCACCAACGUGACACUCAAACUAUUGGUAGUUGAGAUACUUAAGGCAUCUAAGUUCACAAAUGUUACACAAAAGUAACUCGUGCACUCAAGCUGUCAGUAGAAAUGAGAAAGUAAGAUCUGAAUUUCAUUUUCUCAUUUUACAGCAACUACGUUUAUUGUUACCACGUGAAAGCACACGACAAAACGUUACUAUAGAGUACAUGGUGUACUUAAUACGUGAAAUUGUCUUGUUAAUGACAUUAAAGACAGUAUGUAGUGUCAAAACGGAGAUACGUCAAUGACGCUGUGUUUAUGCCAGUUUAUGCCAAUCAGUGAACUAACAGCGACUGUAUCAGAACUUAUGAUGCCGCUUAUACGUUACUGCUAUGAGAGGCGUUACUUUUGUAGACGUACAUCAGCAAAGUUUUUUCUUGAUAUUGACAAUGGUAAUAACUAAUCUAGUAAUGGCGUCUUAUUACCAUGAACCGAUAUUGUUAGCCUAAGAACGACGGAAACAUUAUUUAUAUCAUGUAAAUAAAGUAUAACACCUAAAGCUGGCCACAUGCGUAAAAAUUUACUGGACCUAAACAGACUAGAACUAUAAAACAUAUUACCGUCGACAGAGCAUAGUAGCUUGAAGACAACCGCAUACAUGUUACACUAUACAUUACCAAACAGUCUGGUAACAUCUCAAAAUGUGUGUACCUGUACUUGAGUAUUAUCUCGUUUAAUUUUAGUAUUAGUUUGCAAGCAGACGCUGAUUUUGCCUGCAUUUCCUGAGUUUAAUUUUUACCUUUCAAUUUUUAAAGUUUGAUUUGGAAGUUAAUUUAUUGAUGAUCAUCAAAUCUGCAAACGUUUACCUUUUCAUGGAGGAGAGAAACAAGUGAUCUAUAUUCAUCAACGUUAUAAGUCUGAAUUUCAAGCUUAUACUGUCGUUAUAACGCUGUUGUAGGAGUCUUAUACAGACUUAAAUGAAACUUUGCUUGAAUAUCGCACCUACCCAAUGCACCCAUUUUGCAAACUGUCGUCAGGGACACACAUUUAUAAAGUGUUUACGAGUAUAUGAACACGUGUAUACGUACAUGUAACAGCAUUUCUAAGAUUUAGGUGUUUUUUUGUUUUUAAGAAAAUUGUUUUAACGUUAUGUACGCUACCCUUGACGUACUGUGAACGCCUAUACAGCGAUAAUCGUGUUUAAUUAGAACGGCAUGGCAAGGUAUCGUUAUAUCUACAAUUUUAUCGAUUAUUUGGUGAUACAUGCAGGACAAAAUUUGUCUCAGACUCACCUAUGUCCCUGAUCAUUUAUGUCGUAAUUACUCGACUGGGUUCUUUUACAUAUUAAAUUAUUUAUAUGCUGAAAGAAAUACUUACCUCUUGUCAUUAUCUAGAACAGAACCGAACUGUUCUGUUCUGUUCUGUUAUCAUAUAUUAUAAAAUCAUGCAACUUUUGUUUAUUGUUAACUUUAUCUUAAAGCCCUAAAUUGUGACAUUUAAAUUUUUUCUAGACAACCCAUAUGUGUACUUCCAGUAGAAAUCACUACUUUUAUAAUUAUUUGUACUUUGUAUGUAAAUUGUUGUUAUGUAAAUGUGAAAAUAUUUUCAGUCGUCAAUAAAGCGAUGAUUACA